AUGUCGUUAAACGCCGACUCACUUUCGGUAUCUGAGCCGGAACGUAUUGAGCUGCCAUGGUUUCGCCGCAAAAGCCCCCACAUACAAAUCCUACUUGCAAGUGCUUGCUUAUUUUGCAACCCCGGGAUCAACCUCGCGAUCACUGGCCUAGGUGCUGGUGGUGGCCGCGGAGCAGCUUCCAUUUAUAUGUUUGACAUCAGUUCUGGAGUGCUUUAUGGAAUGUUCACCUUCAGUGCCAUUUUCGGCGGGUGCUUCAUUAACUUCCUCGGCCCCAGGACAUCGAUGCUUAUUGGUAACACGGGGUAUCCCUUUUAUAUCGGCGCGCUUUGGUACUUUGAGAAAACCGGUCACCUCUGGUUCCCAAUCUUUGGAGGACUUUAUCUCGGUUUCACAGCCGGCUUGCUCUGGAGUACUGCAGGCUUUACAGCUAUGACUUAUCCGGAAGAGGUAGAAAAAGGGAGAUGGCGUGCUAUCCAAUGGACCUUUCUCGCCCUCGGUGCCGUUAUCGGAGCCAUUGUCUCUUUAGGAGUGACACUAGGACAAACCGCUACUGAAAGCGUUCCUGAGGCUGUCUACAUCAUUUUCAUUGUGAUACAACUCUCCUCCGCCUUUUUUGCAGUUUUACUGUGCGACCCUAACGAAGUUAUCCGGAAUGAUGGUUCCCCUGUCGCUUCUUUCAAACAAGCUAACUUUCGGGAAACUUUCAGUGGAUUAAUAGAAGCCCUUAGUGACUGGAGGCUUCUAAUUAUGAUUCCUUGCUUCUUUGCAGCUGAAGUUUUCCUCGUAUAUCAGAGUUCAUUCAACGCAUUUGUUUUCACGACGAGAGCCAGAAAUCUGAACAACGUCCUUGUUAAUGUUUUUCAAAUUCCGUUCUCGAUAGCCACUGGUUAUCUUCUCGACAGCAAACAGCUCGGGUCUCGUCGGCGGCGUGGAAUGAUUGUUGCAACCAUAAUGGCUAUAUGGGUUGGAGGAGCAAAUAUUGCAGAGGUCGUCUGGGUAGCAAAAUGGAAAUUAGAUCGAUCAACCACUGGUCCCCAAAUUGAUUGGUCGGAUCAUGCUUAUGCCGGAGCAGUUUCAAUCCAUCUCGCAUAUGGGGCACAGUACGGAAUGUUCCAAAAUACCGGGUUCUGGAUUCUCGCUGCCAUGACGAACAAGCCCGGGCGUCUCGCGCACAUGUCGGGUUUUGCUGUCGGAUUUCUCUCUGCUGGAACAGCGACCGCUUUUGGCAUUGAUGCGGCGGGUACGCCCUAUCUCAAUGAGAUAUGCGCCUACUUUGCUCUCUUCGUCAUAUCUGUCCCCAUACUUCUUUUCAAUGCCAACCACGCUACUGAAAGCAAUUAUUUCAUGGAGGAUGGUGUUGGUGUUCCAGUCCAUGUCCAGUUGGAGAAGCGUCACAUCGUGGGCCGAGAAGUCGUUCGAAUCAGUUGUAAUCCAAGCGCCGAAGAUCACAAAGGGAGAACGGCUGAGGAACAAAGAGUGUGA